CACUGGUCGAGAUGAGCGAGAUGACGUCGAGAUGAGCGCGGUCGGGUUCGCCGACCUCGUCUCCAAGGUUGCCCAACACAAGAAGCUGCAGGACUUCCGCGUUAAGAUGAGCGCCGCGGAGCCCGCAACCAUGUUCGACGAAGCCCUCGGCCUGAUCGGCAUUUCGGGUAGCAUCUCGAGGUUGCACGUCCACGUCAACCCCGGAUUGAUCAAUCUGCUGCGCGGCCUCCUGUACUGCGCGUCACUGAGUGAGCUCAUUCUGGAGAAUAUGAUCGAGGACGCCCAAGCGCUCUGCGCGCUCGCUGAUUUCCUGGCGAAGCAACAGUCUUGCAGGUGCUUGAAGGCUUGCAUCGACGCAAGGAAGGACGAGAGUAUGCAUGGCGUGCUCGACAAUAUGCAGCGGAUCGUCAGCAGCAGUUCGCUGGAAGUCCUGGUACUCUCAGGGUCGGUGUUCGCGCCUCAGUCGGUUAGGCGCCUCGCCGACGGACUGGCGGUGAGCAAGACGUUGAAGCAGCUCCACUUGGACGAAUGCCAGCUCACGUGCGCCGACAUGCUGCCCCUCGUGAAGGCCACCAAAAAGCGCGUGGAAAACGGCAAGUUCGAGGAGCUCAACGUGGGAGCAGUCCUCGGCAGUGGGAACCAGCUGUGCGAUAUGGUCAGGGCCAUGACGGACGCAAACGUCUGCCACAUGAUCACGCUCACGUACAACGACUGUCUUGUACCAGCCCUGGGAGACUCUGUUGUAAUUGGCAGCGGGUUGACCAAGGUUACCCUAUCCUAUGGCGAAAAAACGCAAGUCCAACACACCCUUCGAGCACUGAGGCUCACGGCGGACACGUUGAAGAGCCUCUGCAUCGACUCUCCCCGGGAUCUCAGCAUCCUGGACGGCCAGUUUCUGGCUUACCUCAUCCGCAACUGCAAGUCGCUGACUGUUCUCCAGCUGCGGUGCACCACACGGGCCAAGGCGGCCAGGCAGAUCCUCAAGGCCAUAGCCCACUCUAGGAGCGUCGUGGUCCUCGCCAUCGAGCGAUGGUGCUAUGCGGACAACGUGCACCACGACCUCGUCGACACGCUCCGGAAGAACAAGGGCCUGCACCGGCUCGAGUUCUACCUUCGAGACGCCCAGGAGUACGAAAACUUGAAGCCACACCUCGUCCAGGGUGUCUGCGUACACCAGUACCUGACUUCCCUGAAUAUCUACAUUGGCGAGCAACGCGAAGAAGUUGUCGUGAGUGACACGGUGCUCCUGGAGCAACUCCGCCGGAACGCCAUCGUGCAGGACUGGACCAUGGACAUGGUGCUCUGGGGCACCUUAGCUCCGGAAGCCGCCGCUGCCGUUGAGGUUCUGGACGCCUGCGAGUCGCGGCUUGACCUGCUUCGGCGCACCACCGCAUUUUCGCCGCGUACGGCCGACAAUCGUCUCCGCUUGGCUCGCAUGACGACCAGGACAAAAUACUACCAAGUGCUCGCUGCGUACCGCGGACACAAAGAAUUUGCUUUGUCGCCCGACAGCCAAGAACGGUAUCAGGAACUCACGUCUCACGUGCGUGCGCAAGCGUUCAGCAUUAUGGGAAUCCCGCAGGAACGUAGUCCGCCAAGCAGCGGUAGUGAGUGCGAGAUAGAGGGUUGCUGAACUCUAUCUUUUUUUUUUUUUUCACGUGCGUGGGUAAGCGGCACCUGCUCGGAUGCUGCAUGGAACCGUAACUUGCGGACGUUUAUAGGCGGUUGGUUGCUGCAUGCCGGUCCUGUUUUUACCACAUUUCAACGCCGAUUUUCCUAUACUGUGCUCAUUCUCCCGCAGACGUUACUUUUACUAUAACGGUAUAUGGCCUGUCACGUGCCUUGACGCGUUUAAGGAGGCAUAUUAGCCGGAAAGGGCAUCGUGGACAUUUUUGUUAGUUUUAUGCAGUGAUGUGGAACACUAGUUUUGAAGGAUACUUUAUACACGAAUGUAAUAAACCGUA